UCUUCAAUAUUUUGAUAAUAGAAGUUGAGUCAUACGAGGAAUCAACCACCAAGUAAAAAAGAUAGAAUUUGCUAAAUCUCAAUUUGAUUUGUAGUAGGACUUAGAACCAACCAAUAUGACUAUAAAUAUACCUCCAUAAUCUGUCAAUUUUUAAUCACCAACAACUACGUUCUCUUCAUUGAUCGGAGACUCCGAAAUUUGACCAGAAGCCUUGACGCUGCCACAGCCCCGACCCGAAGGAAGAACAACUCAGAGGAGAUCAACACCGAAUCGUCGUCAUCGAAUAGCCCGUGAAAGAGGAACGAACCAGUGGACGUCAUCACCAAACCAACGGUCGUCAUCGAAUCGGUCCGAACACCAACCAACCGGUCGUCAUCGAAUAGUUCGUGAGUCCGACAAGCAGCCCGUGGAGGAGCUGUUCAUCCGCGACUGGUCCUGCUCGUGGAGUCCCAAGCCGCUUAGCACCACUGUCAGAGGGUCGAACUUUCGUGUUGAGGCGAGAUCCGACUCUUGCUCUUCAAACAGACGAUUAUCUUCCUAGACUUAAAGUCUUGUUGGUAUAAAAGCCACCAUGGUUCAUUUCAAGUAUCAUGAUACUCCUGGAGAAGAGACUUUGUCACUCAUGGAAGAUGCUAAUUCGGUCGAUGGAGCGCACUUUCGUUCAUUUCUUCAUGUGAUUGGUCCUUUUGCAAACAUCAAUUCUUCUACGGAGUUCUCGGGCCCGAAAAGCUGGUACAAGGAGAGUCGUGAUGUUAAUGCAUUUGGUGGAAAAACACCUAAACCUGUCCUUGUCGCUUCACAUCACCGUCCCUGCGAUGAGGCGUGUUCUUUCCAGACAUUAUCUACGCGUUUGUCCCGCAAGGAGACCAAAUGGAGUUCUAGUCCGAAAUUUGGAGUCGAGCCAACAUACAUCCCUCUUUAUUGGGAAUGGUUAGAAGAUGUCCUGCACCAUUCCAGACGCACACUUGCUAGCACCCAUAUUCUUGAUGCCGUCUAUGCUUCCAUGUACAUCUACAAGUGUAAUUCUCCUGUCAUGCAGGCUUUUUGCGAAUCCUGGUGUCCUACGACAAAUACCUUGCACACUUCAGUUGGAGAAAUGUCAAUCAGUCUUUGGGAUAUAUACGACCUUGGUGGGCUUCCCGUAACUGGCCUUUUUUAUGACGAGGUCAUCCCUUCUGCCGUUGAAUUGGAAGGCUCCGACGAUGAGCACAGUUUAUACCUCCCUUACAGUUGCUUUGCAUUAUCUUUCUGAGAAACACAAGGUGACAACCAUAACGUUCGAGACUUGGUGUGAUUUUUGGUUUCGCGGUGCAUCAAAGUAUUUCUUGGCAUCUGGCAACAAAAAGUCUGUCCUUCCAACACUUAUGAAAGACUUCAGCUCCUUUAAUGGUCCUCGAUCGUGGAGUCAUAAGAUGUACGAAGCCUUUCGCAUCCUACGGAUUCCUGAAGCGCAUCAUCGACAAACAUAUUUGCCUGCGUUUCUCUCAUGUUGGCUUUGUGCCUUUGUUUUGCCGGUGUCAGAUUUGGGUUGCAUCUGUCCUGGAUCUUUCAAACCUGCGUCAUUUCUUGCAAGUGGAAAAGAGACUUCUUUGGCGAUCCCUGUUUUGGCGAGCAUCUACCACGGAUUGAGCAAAAUUUCGAAUUCUCCUACCCCAGGCAAACAUCGCGAGUCCUUCCCUGCACAAUAUGUGUAUGUCUGGACCGCUAAGUAUUUUCGAAGUCAUCACAUCGUCACCUACGAUUUUGUUGGUGCUCCCCUGGUUGGAAUUCAAGGCCUUGACUCUGUCAUAAAGUCUCCAGAUGCUAAAUCGCUAGUUUCUUCGGGUAAGGAUUUCAAUUGGCUUGCUAACUCAAUUUGUGGUAAUUCAGAUGAGAAGCGUGAAGAUGACAACCAUCAACCAAAGCAAUUCACAAACUUCUUCAUUAGCAUGCGGUCCUGUUUUCUGACCUUGAGGUUCGACAACAACUACGUGGUUGAGCCAUACAGUCCUCAUCGAUUCGGUCGGCAAUUCGGAUUUCACCAAGAUGUGCCAGGCGAAUUAGUAGUCCAGACACAAAACAUCACCCGAGAGCAUAUGUACUAUCUUUUUCAGUCCAGCAUUCGUCUGCAUACUAGGGCUACCUUUUUGGUCCCUUGCCGCACGUUUAAUGCCCAAUCUCGAGUCACUCCAAGCUUCACAACAUGGUGGAAUUCGGUCGUUUCUUUAAAUGCGGCUUA